AUGUUCCUGGCUCGACUUAUACCUCGCAUGUGUCACAACAUUAACAGAGUUGUCUAUAUAUUUGGUCCACCAGUUAAAGAACCUCCCACAGAUGUUACACCUACCUUCUUGACAACAGGGGUGCUGAGUACUUUGCGCCAAGCUGAUUUUGAGGCCCAUAACAUUCUCAGAAGGUGUGGGUAUGCCGGGGAAAUCAGCCAGAUGCCUGUGAUUUUGUCACUGUUGCAUUUUGAUCAGGACCCGCUUCAGAAGCAGCCUUCGUGCCAGAGAUCAGUGGUUAUUAGAACGUUUAUCACUAGUGACUUCAUGACUGGUGUCCCUGCAACACCUGGCAGUGAGAUCCCUGUCGAGUUUAAAUGUUUAACUGGAGAGUUACUUCCCACAGAUGGAAUGAUCCAAAUACACUCUCAUGUGAAGAUAGGGCGUUAUCAUCAGCAUUUGCAAGAACAACUGGACUUAGACCUCUCCCGUCUGGAGUACAGGAUGAAGUGCUACCCAGAGAUCAAAGAGAAGGAAGAAAUGAGGAAGAGCAUUGGGCAAUACGGUCUUACUGGAAAACAGCAGGUGAGCCCAAUCGGGAACCUGUCUGAUGGGCAGAAGUGCUGUGUGUGUUUGGCCUGGCUGGCCUGGCAGAACCCACACCUGCUCUUCCUGGAUGAACACACCAAUCACCUGGACAUUGAAACCACUGAUGCGCUGGCUGAUGCCAUCAAUGAAUUUGAAGGUGGCAUGAUGCUGGUCAGCCAUGAUUUCAGACUCAUUCGACAGGUGGCACAGGAAAUAUGGGUCUGUGAGAAGCAGACAAUCACCAAGUGGCCUGGAGACAUACUGGCCUACAUGGGGCACCUCAAGUCCAAGUUGGUAGAUGAGGAGCCCCAGCUCACUAAGAGGACCCACAAUGUGUGA